AUGACUACCAGUCCUGUUAACUCUGGUUCCUCACCCCCUACUAUCACAACUUUCAUCAAACCAUGUUUUUUCCCUUCAAAUCGUCGCGCCGAAACGCCAGGGAAGGUAUACCCACUUAGACGAUUAGAUAAAGGCUUCCCUUCCGGCUCUGAUGUUAAAUCCGACGUUGAAUCCAAAUCUGGUCCCCAACAGGAAGUACAAAAUGAGCUUCUGACAAUCUCUUCGGACACCCCUUCCACUCUCAAACCCACACCUGAUUUGUCUCACUAUAUCCUAGCUUGGAGCCUUCUUCUACGAUAUUAUACCGGUCAAGGUUCCGCAACAUUUGGUCUUACUGAUGGUAGUACUCCCGUGACGUUUCCGAUAGCGCUCCAUGGUGAUCAGUCUGUGAGAAAUGGUCUGAUAGCAAUAAGAUGUAUUCGUGAUGAUAUCACGAGAGACCCCAGUUUUCUUGAGGACGCACCUGUUGAUAAGCUACCAUAUAAUACCGAGAUUCUAAUCACGGACAAGUCGGAGAACCCGCAGUCGAUUGAUCAUGAUUGCAAGUCCUCCGAAGAAAAUAUACUAUUUAGACUCACAGUGGGUCUGAAAUCCCAAACAGCAGCACUCCUAUAUCACCCACAAAGAAUUAAUCUUGAUCGAGCUGAAGAAGUGGCUGCCAAGAUUGUUGUUCUUAUCCAAGAAAUUAUCACCAAGCCCGAUGCCAAAUUAAAAAAGCUCAGCAUUUAUAGCCCGGAUGAACUGAACAUUUACAGAAACAAACAAAGACCGGUAGCUCUGGUUAAGGGGAUCCUCAUCCAUGAACAAAUUUUAAAGUUUUCCCUUGAGGAUACGGAUUCUACACAUCCGGCGUUGAUUACUAGUCAGCGUAUGAUCAUGUACGGGCAGCUUGAGGGCCUCUCGAAACGUCUCGCAGCUCAUCUCAUCAAAUCUGGCAUGCUCCCACACAGCAUUGUUCCCAUAUGCGCAGAAAAGUCGAUAUGGGUACCCAUUGCCAUCCUAGCGAUCUUGAGAGCAGGGGCAGCUUUUGUACUUUUGGAUCCGUUGUCGCAUUCGAAAGAGCGACUCAAGAGGAUCAUUCUAUCUCUGAACUCGAAAGUGCUUAUCCAAUCUAGCGAAACUCCGAAUUUCUCACUCCCGGAUACUACGCUGGUAAACCUUGACGAUAGAAUACUGACCUUGGAAUCCGGAUGUAUCCCGGACGAAUAUACCUGUUCCUCUAAUCUUGCGUGCAUAUUUUUUACGUCACGCGGUAUAAUCGAGCCAGAGGGUGCCGAGUUUUCUCAUACAGCAAUAACAUCCAGUUUGCUCGAAAAAAACUGGAAUGGUCUUCCAUAUGCAGAUUGGGAGAGUAUUCUACAGUUUUCUUCAUACGCUUUGGAGAGAUCCCUUUUCGAAAUUUUCUGGCCCUUGCUGCACGGAGGUGCCAUUUGUGUCCCGUCAGAUGAUGAACGGCUAAACGAUUUAAGAGAUGCCAUUUGCAGACUCCAACCUACACAUAUAUCGUUGCCCCUUACAAUUGCAAGGCAGCUUCCUCGUAGUGAGGUGUCUGGUGUUAGGACUCUCCUCCUUGACAGCGACUUGAUACCGGCAGACAUUAUCAAAGAAUGGUUCAACUGGCGGAGUCAAUAUGAGAUUGGUGUUGCACAUGUGCAUAGCUAUCCUCAGUGCCCAGUAUUGUUUACCUCGUACGCAAAUUCACGCAGUGACGAUCCUCCGGUGCAAAGCCAUUCCCAUAAUGAAGUGCUUUGGAUAGUCAAUCGAGAUGAUCACAACCUUCUGGUACCACGUGGAAUAACAGGGGAGGUUUUAGUAGGCGGACCCUCGAUUGCUGGCUUCAGAUAUUACAAAAACGAAAACAAGACUAAACAAGCAUGCAUAGACGAGCCAUCUUGCUUUCCACUGAAAUCGAAUCGAAAAAGACUUCUUGACAUUCAAAUCGAAUAUCAAGAUAGACGACUAUACAAAACGGGACAGCUAGCAUAUUCUAGCCUCACCCAAGAAGGAACAAUAGUGUUCGCCGGGAGCAAGAAUAAUCAUGUCAAGAUCAUUGACAAAUUCUCUAGCAUUGUAGUUGUCAUCACCAACCAAGGGGAUGACAAUAAUGGUGGCCAGCUUGUAGCUUUUGUCACACUUAAGGAAGAAUAUAAACAUAUUCCAAUUCGUCUAGGUUCAUCUGAGUUCAAGUCCAUCCGAGCAAAGGUUGCUCUGGAUCUCUCCAAUCAUAUGCGCCCAUCCUUUUAUCGGCCUUUGAAACUCAUCCCAAGAACUCAAUCUGGGGAGAUCAACAGAGUUGUACUAAAAGCUUUGGGCGAAUAUAGGGCCAUUCAAGAAAUUAUGGCAUACAUGAGGGGACUACCGCCGAAAGAAAGUUCAGACGAGGAAACUCUGCUGGGCUCGGUAUGGAACUCAGUCUUGGAAUUACAAGAAUGCAACAUCCUUCCUGAUACCGAUUUCUUCAUGUUGGGAGGCGAUUCCUUCAAAGCAAUGAAACUCGUUGGCAUUCUGCGGGAAAAGGGAUAUCGAAUCGGGUAUGCCGAAAUACUGGAGCAUUCUAAGCUAUCGGAUAUGGCACAUAUCAUGCAACCGUAUGUUCCUACAACUUUUAGUCUUGUGAAGUAUCCAAGGCCAAGGGUUAUGAAGAAAAUUUUGAAGGAUUACAAUCUAGAUGAGGGUGAUAUUGAAGACCUCUAUGCAAGUACAUCUGAGCAAGAAACAAUGCUCAGAGCCACCUUAUUAAACUUUCGCGCAAUGAUCGGAGUCUUUACUUUUCGAAUCGAGCCCGAGCUUGAUCUUGACAAAACGAGACUAGUCGAGUAUAUGGGCGCCACUAUUCAGGUUGUGUUCAAGGAAGACAUGACUUGGAAAGAGUUGCAUCGGGAAUGUGAUAACGACGAACUCUUGAAAGUCGACUUGGGAAUGCCUUUGACCGAGUACGAAGUUUUCAAUGAGCCGUCUGGUGUUCGAAAGUUUCGGUGGAGCAUUCAUCACGCGUUGUUCGAUGAUCAAUCAUUGAUUUUGAUCUGGAAAGCCGUACAAGAUGUCUAUAACUAUGGCGAGAUACGCAGACCAUUAUCUCCACACAAUAUCUUUGCGAAAUAUUGUCUAGACCGCAACGACAAUAGACUAUUGGAAGAGCUAUUCUGGUCAACGAUCACAACCGGAAUUUUCAGCAGAACAGCCAUUAUCCAGGCAGCUUGGUCGCUUGUGCUUGCAGCGCUUGAAGACACUACUACAGACAUCGUAUGCAGAAUGACAGAUCCAUGUCGAGACAAUCACCGAUUCCACCUUCCUUCGAUUCACCAGAUUGUAGGACCGACGAUGACUACAUUUCCCGUAAAGUUUGUCUUCCGGAAAUGGAAUAUCAAGGAGCAUCUAUAUCAAAUCCACGAGGCGGAUGUCGAGAGGCGCUCCCACCAGUUUACAAUAUUCAAGCAUGUCAUUAAACGUGAUGACUACUUUGACUUGCCACAUAUCAUUAUCGACACAGAACAGAGGAAGGAAGAGGUCUUCCCGGGUCUCACAAAGAUUGAUACUUUAGGAUGGCAGUCUAGCCGAUCACCCUUGUCCGUGCGUUGCAUUGCCACAGAUGAUAAAAUCAAUAUACGAAUGAGGUGGGAUAUUGCACUGAUGAGAAAGCCAUUAGCAUCAACUGUGCCGCAAAUGUUGUUCAAGGGUAUCUCUGAUAUAUUGGAAGUGAUCGAUAGUGAUACUGAGCCGAAACCAAACGUUUAUAGUAUUAUCAAAGGCUUGCAGGAGUUCCAAUCAGAACUCAUGAAGAAGUAUUAUUAG